AUCGUGCCCAACCUCGCUGACAGUGCAAUGUCCUGGCCAGCAGCUUUCGAAACACGGUGUUUGUUCCUCCUACAAAGGUAGAUCUGCCGGCUUUCUCUGGGAUCGGGCCGCUCGGACCACGCAGACAAGGCAAGGCGGGGCUCCGACGUGGGGUUUGUUCCGCUGGGCUCGUAACAUUCAUUCCGGUACUCCCUCACCACUCGACGCGGCAUUCUAGAGCAAGCUGUACGCGCCCCCUCUGCUCUUGUGCUUCCGUAGAGUGCCCUCGCCAUGCGGCCGCUCCCGGGCGGCGACGCUCUGCCCUCCGCGAAGCCGCGUUCCCGCAAGUCCAGCGUCGCCGAUCCGUCCGCCGUGACCAGCGGCCCGUCAAGCCAUGCUCCGACCACCUUCUUUCUAAGGAGCGAGGAGGAGAUGGAGCAGUCUCUGGCAGCUUCCAAGAGCACUGAGCCGGCAAGCAGGCAGCGAGAGAGUACAUAUGGUGUGCAGAGCUUGGAAGAUACCUUGGAGGCCGCCUUUGGCCACCAGAGUCGUGAGGCCGAUAAGAAAGGUGAUAAUGCUCGUGGGAGCACCUUGAACGAGAAAGAGAGCCCAAGACGUUCUUCUCAUGGCUCGCCCAAAGCCUCCAAGAAAGAGCCCGAGAGCUCCAAGUCAUCGCCAAAGAGGAUGCACAAGAGGCAGGCGUCCGAUCACACGAUUUCCACUCCGCUCACGCCUCUAAACGUCGGGUCGCCUUCGCCUGCGCCUGUUUCAGCGGUUCCAAGUACUCCCAGGUCCGCCUCCCUGCAGUCGCUGAAGCUGUCCGAUGAAGAGCAGGGCCUCGAUGAUGCCGCAAGUCAGGUCAUCGCCUCCAGCGGUGAUGAAGAUGAAGAGACGAUGCACGAUGAGUCGAGCAUCUUCCCCCAACUAGUCAUGCCGAGUAUACAGAUGCCCUCCAGGAGACCCUUCACAGCCAAGGGCAAAUCAAUGGGCAAGCUAAAGGUGCUCAUUGCCGGCGAGUCUGGAAUUGGAAAGACAUCGCUCAUCCGCUCUAUUGUGCAGCUUUGUGAGGACAUCGUGCACGUAGAUCCUUUGUCGCCGUCCCAGUUCCUCGAGCAUCCACUGCCGCCGAAAGCGAAAUCACGCAAGAAGAAAGUGGAAAGUCUGGGAACAACGCGGAUAACCGAGAUCUAUGCGAGCACAAAGCCAUAUCCACAUUGGUGGACCGAUAUGGAAGGGUCGCGGACGCUUCGCAGGCGAAAGAGCAGCACUACCGAUGCCGUGCUCGAGAGAAAUCUCUGCUUCGUUGACACCCCCGGCUUUGGCUCAGGUGUUUCGAAGGCCGAUGAUACGGGUCAAGUGAUGGACUACGUAGAGGCGCUGAUGUAUCAAACCGCUUCAGUGACCACCAUGGAAGACAAUGACUUGGUCAGCCUCGUUAGUGGCAGUGGUGGUAUUCUGGUAGAUGUCAUUUUCUAUCUUCUGCCUCCCAGUCAUGACAUUUCCAAAGACGUCGAGAUCAUGCACCAUUUGUCUGCCCUCACCAACGUUAUUCCAGUCAUUGCGAAAUCGGAUACCCUCUCCGCCGCCGACAUGGCGGCUAUCAAGACCUCCAUCCUCACAAGACUCCAAACGACCUCAAUUAGACCUUUCCUCUUUGGGACAGCAUUAGAUGAUGCCCUGCUUACCGUUCAAGGUCUUCCUGUCGAUCAGGGUUCCCCGGAUUCUUCCGAUUCCACAGCAACCAAUGAAGCAAAGCAAUUCCCUUUUGUGGUUCCAACACAUCCUUAUGCCGUAUCGUCGACCGCGAGCCCGGAUACGGACACUAUGGAUGCGUCGCUGCUCAUGUCGCCCGACUAUGUGCAGCCGCUCCUUCCAUCCGAGCUUGCCACCUUGGUUCGCCAGGUGUUUGAUCCAGAAUCCAUUGCCUGGCUACGGCAUUCCGCGGCAAAGAAAUUCGUCGCUUGGCGGCGCCGAACAGAGUUGCCGGGCGACUCCUUUAUUCUCCAUGGCCUUCAGCAACAGCCGCUCAAACGUGGAAGUAUGUCAAGUGCCUCAGUUGGUCUUACUAGGGCGCCUCUAAACACGUCUGCAGCUUCAUCACUCUUCUCAGCCGCCUCACCAUCAGGUGUUCUUGUACCCCGAUCAGGGUCUCCUUUCUACCUCUCAAACGCCAACAUUAACUCCAACCUUCAGUCUCCCUUCCCAGCCUCUUCUCCGUCUCUAUCCCACGCUCAUCCCGAGGCCCUCGAUCAUCCCACCGAAUUUUCCUUGACACGUUACGCACAAGGCGAACAAAGAUUAGCAGAAGUACGAUUAGCCAAAUGGGCGACCGACCUCCAGCGAAGUCUAAGAAACGAGCGCGAUAGGUUCGAAGAGCUGCAGCGCAACGAAAGAGCGAAGUGGCUUCUUGAGCGCGUAGGCGAAGAAGUAGCGAGUGGUAAUAUUGUUGCUUCACCCGGAGGAUCGCCCAGGGCAGACUGGGCUGUCGUGAGACGGGGUACCGACAAGGAAGUGAGUAAGCUAGGGCAGAGGUAUGGCAGAGCCGGCAAACUGGACUCGCGCGAUCCACUAGGCUUGUGCGAUUUCAGCGAUGAAGUUAGGAGACGAGGAUUUGUAUUGAUGAAGGUUCUAGGUGGUGUUAGUGUGCUCGGGGCGGUUGUGGUAGCUGUCGUUAGGGCUUGCGGAGUUGAGGUGGGGAUGCCGGAGGGCGGAGUGUGGAGCUGGUUGACAGGUGCGACGGAGUAGUGCUGCGGUUCUCAUAUACGAAGAAGGGGGUCUGAAAUGGGUACGGACAUGAUAGUGCUCGGGUAUACCCUGUUUAGAGAGAGUAGGAUUGUAUGUGUACGUACUCCAGUAAUGCUCGCCCCUAUGUAUAAGGUGGAUAGAUACUACUCUCAUUAUCAAAGGCUUUCUCUGC